UUAAUUUACAUGACAGUGUAUUUACUAUCUGUUUUAUCAAUUUUAAAGGAUAAACAUCUUAUUUUUUCCAGAAUCACUUCAGCUGCUACUUGUAAAAAUACCGUAAGGGUGGUAACUUCUUACCAGGCAAGGGUGUGUACGUGUCGGUGGUGGGGAAUUUGUACUCACCAUUCCUGGGUGUGGCGGUAUCGUGAGUCUUACAAAGAGACGUGUUGUCCUGGAUAUGGAGGUUGGGAUUGUCAGCCUAUAUGCAGUAGUCACUGUCACGGCCGGGGCACCUGUGUCGCACCUGACACCUGCACCUGUAUCAGUGGCUAUACCGGAAACGCCUGCCAAACACCUGUCUGCAAUCCUAGGUGUCAGCACGGGUCGUGUACCCGUCCCAACGUCUGUUCUUGUUACUGGGGGUACAGCGGUAGACACUGCCAAAGACCCGUAUGUAAUCCAGCUUGUCAGCAUGGAGGGACGUGCACCAGACCAGACACAUGUCAAUGUCCAGCCGGCAAAUUCACAGGUCACAACUGUGAUAUUCCCAUUUGUAAUCCUCCGUGCUUAAAUGGAGGGACUUGUUCAAAUUCAAGGCAGUGUCAGUGCCCUAGUACUUACAGAGGGAGGGACUGUGGAACACCUGUUUGCAAUCCAACUUGCAAAAACAGCGGUACAUGCAUCUACCCUAACGUGUGUUCAUGCGACGAUAUCUAUACAGGACGACUGUGCGAAACACCCCUGUGCUCCUAUCGUUCGCCAUGUUUUCCCGGGACAUGUACUAACUCUACAAUUUGUCAGUGCCAUGCAGGUUUUUCUGGUCAGCAUGAAUAUCAACGAUGCAAAACAAUGACUUCAGGGUGGGGUCCAUUAAUUACUCGGUGUACGUCCGUUCUGGCUAAUAUUGAAAGAAGUGGAGAGAAGAGGGAAAAGUACCGCUUUGUAACCGAUUCCUCUGAACCAAACUCAACCAGAGUAGACACAAUGUGGGUCAACCAGAAGGAUUACAACUAUAUUAACGUGGAAUUUGCCGCUGUCUAUACAGCUCCAGACGACCUGGCACUGCCAAAAUAUGUAAAACGAUUUAAAUUUGGAAUCGUUUCCGGAAAAAUACAGAUCGACCUAAGGAAAGUGGAUAGAAUAGAUCCAAACAACCCCUUUGUAAGCCAAAAUGAGGUGAAGAACUGCAGUUACCAACCAGGCUCUCUAAAUCCAAACGACGAUAUCUAUCACUGCAACUUCACAGAAGAAAACUUCGACAGAUUACUAGAAAAUGGAGACAAUUUGACGUUAACAGUUAUUGCUGAAAAUGGGGGCUUUAGAGAGCUAGUGGGACCACACGCUGAUAAAACGGAUUUGUUCGUAGGCCAAAAGUCAAGAAAAUCUACAAUGUUUCGUUUUGACUUUGAGAAACCCCGUCAUUGUCUUCAAGUUGGACCCUGCGCGGCAAAAGCAUUAGAUGUUACAAAAGAUAUUACAAAGUUCCCCCUAGCCUUUAUAUGGAACAACUGGAUAGAUGAUCUAUCGGGUCUCCAAGGAUACAAACUACAGGUUUAUUUGCUGAAACCGAAUAAAACACACCUCAAGGAACCCUUUCCCUGGAAUCCUCUCACAGAAAUACCCCUCAACGUCACAGACUCGAGCUUUACCUAUAUUCCUAAACAAGCCGGGAUGUAUUCGUUUAUUUUAAACGUAAUAGACGUUGCCAACAAUACACAGUACGCUCGUACUUUGGCUCUGUACGAUCCACAUUCGACAAUCACUUUAUCAUCUUCACCAUUUUUUGCAACAAGUGCAGAACCAGAAACAAAUCAUACGUGGCAGAAUAGCCUCAACAACAACAUAACAAUGACAUGGAAAGGACACUUUGAAAACAAAUUCCAUGAAACCAAUAAACUCCUGUAUCCAGUAGCACGUUAUCAACACUUCGAUCAUAUGACAAAAUAUGAAAAACAAGUUCCAUCACAACUAGACGAUAGCACAGGAAAUAGAACUCUAAAAGGAAUUCCGAAUGUUCAUGGAAUUGUCAAGUUUGAAUAUUUCUUUAGAAAUGGUAACCAAGGCAACAAGACGCCUGAUUCAUGGAUUUCGGUAAACAACGAGUUUUCGGAAAAUCAAACAUUCUAUAUAGACAGACGAGAUGGAGACACAAUUAAUUUUUGGGUCAGGGCAACAGACGCCAUGGGGAACAAAAAAGUGGACAUGGCAAAAAUUUUCUUUGAUUCAACUCCACCAAAGCAGCUAAAACAUUCAAAUGUUGUAUUCACACGUAACGUUAAAACCGCCAUGUAUGAUUUUUCAAGUCGACUGCAGGUAGACACGUUUGACAAAGAUAGUGGUAUUCAUAAGAUUCACUUGGAGCUUAUAGCGAACAGCAGCAACAUGGUAUUCCAUGAAGCUGAUAUUCCAGGAAAUAAAACUGAAGUGGAACCGACAUUUCAGGAAGGAUACAGAACACCCAUGGGAGACUAUUUUUAUUACAGUCACUAUUUUGAGAUAAAUAACUGCUGGAUGGUUGUUUCGAAGGAAAAAUUCGCAGCGGAGUUUGUCUUAUUAAAUCUAACUGUAUUCAACAGGGCAAUGGAAGCGACAUAUUACCAUAUGACAAUAACAGAUUUGCCUUCACUUGAUGGCAUGGAUAAAUACUCUGGUCCUAUCAACUUAACUGUCACUGAAACCUACGACAACAGUGUACGUCUGAAGUGGAUUGUCUCUCCAACUUGUUAUAAGAGGUCAAAGGUUUUACUGCAGUUUCGUUCAUCCAAUGGUCAGAUUCAGACUCGUUUUUUAGAUACGGACGCCGACUGGGUUGAUUUGACAGGACUGAAUUCAGAGACCAGUUAUAACCUGUCUUUUGUCACACAAUAUGGAGCACAAAGAAGUGACCCCGUAUUUGUGCAGUUCAGAACAUUGCAGUCACCAGCAGCUCUGACUGGUGGUGCUAUAGCUGGAAUAUCUAUCACAUUUUUGAUACUUUUGGGGAUAAUUAUUGCAAUGGUAGUACUAUGGCGACUAGGUCGUUUAUCAGUUUUGAGAGAUGACAUCCAACGCAGAGUGACGGUAGUUCGAAAAAAUAUCAGCAACCGAUUUUCAGCUGCUCACACUAAUCCCAGCUAUGAAGUAGACGAUAUUUAUGUAUACGGUCAAAUGGAAAUUAGUAAUACUGACAGUUGGAUUUUGCCGAGCUCUAACAUUGUGUUGGAUGCCUUAUUAACAAGUGGAAGAUUUGCAGACAUAUAUAAGGCCAGAUACCAACAACAAAAUAACAAAGACAAACAAAUUGUCAUCGCAAAGACUCUGAGAAGUGACUAUAAUGAAGAGAAUAUGCUAAUGAUGAGAGCAAAAAUCAACUACUUUGCAAAAGAAGUCGGAAAACAUCCAAAUCUCAUUCAUUUCGUUGGCGCUGUUGUCGAUAAUGACGCAUUUGGACCAUACAUGGUCUUGGAAUACUGUGAAAAGGGACAGCUUCGAGAUUGGUUGCUGCAACAAAAGAAUGCAUCUACAGUGGACACUGUAGAACUACUAUAUCGAAUUGUUUACGGAAUUUCUAAAGGAAUGUGUUACCUUGAGACAAAAAAGCUGGUUCACAAAAGACUUGCUGCACGAAAUGUUUUGCUGACUGGUGAACUAGAGCCCAAGAUCUAUGGAUUUGGUCCUGAACCGCCGCAACAACAGAGCAAUGACGGCGAUGGAGAUGUGACGUCAGACGAAAAGGAACGAAUUCCUGUGAAAUGGACCGCACCAGAAUGUUUGAUUUCAAUGAAAAAUGCAUGCACAAAAAGUGAUGUAUGGUCUUUUGGAAUUGUUUUAUGGGAGGUUUUUACUUUGGGUGACACUCCAUAUCCAGGAAUACGCAGCAGGGAUGUGCAAACACAAGUUAAAAAUGGUCACAGAAUGAAGAAGCCUGAGUUUGCUAAUGAUUUCUACUAUGGAAUCAUGAUCAGAUGCUGGAAUUCAAAACCAAAGCAAAGACCAAGUUUCAAAGAUAUUUCCACAGAUAUUGGAAAAACCUUUAAUAACGCACCUUCAGAUGAAUUUUACUAUUACUCUGAAAAAUGAAACUGUCGUGGAAUCUAUUCCUCGUGCUUACUAUUCAGAAAUGUAUUGACAAUAUACUGCUUAUAUUGCACUGAUAGACUAUCACUGUCAGAAAAAGUCUGUUACAAUUAUUUUGUGAAAAAGGGACAACAGUAUAUACAUGUACAUUAAGGUCUGAACAAAAUCGCAUACAUGUAUUAAGUUUCAUACAGCCUUCUCAUUUUUUAGUGCUUU